AGAGUGAAGACGAAGAAGAAACUGAAAUCAUCAUGGAGCUGACGCAGAAGCCGAUCUCUACCAGCAGAAAAGGACCGAUUUCUCUCGAAACAUACAUCGAAUUCAUCCGCAGCGAUAAGCAAUCCAUACUCCUCCCGGUCCAAAUCCUCACUCAGAUAAUUCGUAUGCAUGGCUUCGUAAAAUGUUCUGCACCAAAGACAACUCUGAUGGAGGUGCUGAAAGUAAUGGAGUUGAUGGAUCCGUGUCGAUCAACACUCAAUCAGGAGAAAAUCUCACCGAUAGUCAUGACAAUGGAGCAAAUACUUAAGGAUAUUGAUGAUCUUAAGUGGAAUGAGUGUUGCAUAACCUCCAUUCAAACUCUAAAUCCUGUCGAUGUUGAUUCAGUACUCAAUGAUACACCUGAAGUUUCUUCGUUGUCCAAUCAGAGGUGUUCUUCCAAGUCAAAAUCGCUAGCUGGCGUUAAGACUAAGAGUAAUGAUCUUAAUAAUGGAGGCGGUGCUGGAGGAUCGCAACCGACAGAUAUAGAUCUGUUAAUGAGCGAGUUUAUCGCGAAUAAGAAGAAGAAAAACACCGAGGCUGGAGAAAUUAGCAAUACUUCAUCGAAUCAUUUGACUAAAAGAGUUCGCCGGAGUACGAAAUAGUAGAACAGAAGACAGCAAGGCGGCAACACCAUCGUUUACUUGUGACAAGUACUGUGUUUCUCCCUUAACUCCAAAUUAUUAUUUGUUCUUCAGCAAAUCUUAUCCCUAUCAUUUCUUUUGAAUGUUGAACCUUAUU